AUGUCAUUCAAAUUAAGGGAGCUGGGGAGAAUCCAGUUCUUCCAGUCUUCCCUUCCCUACUUGAACAAUAAUGCUGUGACUAAAUUUCAGCGAAACCAUACUAGACGUUGGCGUUCCGAAGACCCCCAUCCUUCGAACCACAAGUUCUUAUCCAUUUCAAAUGGCCACUAUGGCAUCUACUUCACAAUUUUUAAUCAUGAAUUGAGACGAGAGGAGAAGAACGGCCUUCAUGACAGUGGUUCCCAUGUCUUAAUGGUGUUCCCCUCGGGAUCACUGCUGUCAAUCUACAUUCCAUAUUUCGUCAUAAGUAAAGUCAAAGAAGAGGUUUACAGCCACAUCGAUCACCUUAAAACAGUAUCGAAGGAAUUCUUGUCAUCUUGGGCAUUGGUGAAACCCAAGCACUUGCUGCAGCAGCAGUAUUUCAUAAGGUCAUUCACUACAUCUGCCACUGAAAAAGAGCAAGAGCCACUCAAAAUCACCCCUUUGUCACAACCUAAAAUAGAGGAGGUUGUGGAAGAGUUCGGUGGCGAAGAAGUGCCAUUCGCGGAGUCUUUCCGUAAGUCUCAGUGUGACGAAAUCACGAAAGUAUACAACACCCAUGCAUCUCCCGAGGACCUUGACAUCAUAUAUCCAUUAUACCAGGCACUCAAACGAAACGAUAUUCCCCUCCCCACCAUCGAGCUUUACAACAUUGUCCUUGAAUCUAUUUUGUCUCGAGCACUUGACAGCGACAAGUCCUCUCUCGCUUCCAUCGAGUCAAAACUCACAAAUCUUCUCACCGUUUAUCAGGAUGUUCUUCACCUUUGUUCGAGCACAUCUUUGAGACCCGACAGUACCACUUACAAUCUUGUCCUAAAAGGAAUCUUUGAAGGUUGUGUCGAAACAGUCAGCGCCGGCCGCUCUCCUUCUGUGGCACAUCACAUAUAUCAAGAAUUUGAGGCAAAGGCGAAAGAAUUCGGCCAGGUAGGCACUGACCUUUUUCUUUCAUUGAAGGACUGCCUGAAUCUCGCACUUCCUUCCAUACUUCCUCACAUGGUCGCUGCUAUUACCAGUUUUCCGGAGCUCUUGACAGUCGAUCUCGUCGAAAAAAUCUUGGAACAUAGGACGACAGUGACUGGUGCAGGCUCAUUCUAUGUUGGUCUCAUCGAGUUGUCCCAGCACUUCGCCUCCUUGGGUAUGCCCAAUCUGAGCCCACAAGACAUUCACCACUACCUCAUCUCUGUCUUUGAGGAUUUCAAAACCAACGCUCAGUCCUCUCCGGAAUUAAUGAGUUGUGAGUACAAUGUUUACUCGGCUCUUAUACUGGCAUUGAUCGCCAACGGCAACUUGUCUUUGGCGACAAAGUUUUUAGAUGACAUAUUGGUAGACUACAAGUCGUCCCUACAAGCAUCUGAUAAAAACAUUGUUGUCGCUAAGCAAAAAGUUUCGGCUCUCAUCUCCGUCUACCUCGAGGCUAUCACAUCGAGUGGCAAAGCAGGCGAUUUGCACAAGGCUUACAAUCUCAUGAACAAGUUUAACGAUGUUCCUUACCUUCCAGAGUUUUCCACUCAGCUUUACAAUAAGCUUAUUGCCCUUUUCAUCAAUGAGUAUUCCAUGCUUGAAAUGCUGAGACGUGCCUCGAGUGACCAAACGAUACUGAAACAACAAAAGGACGUCUACAGUAUCAUCUGGAAUCUAUACGAAAAGGUUGCGAUCAGAUCUGAUUAUCAAAAUAACAUGUAUGACGCAACGAUAUAUCCCAAGAAGUUUGCGAAUUGCAGGGAGUAUUUGUUGACGUUGAGCAUUGAUUUAGGUGAUUAUAGCAAAGCACACCGCUUGAUGAAGGAGAUUCUUGCGAAGGAUCAUUUGAUAGGUGAUUGGAACGUGUCGAAGAAAUUGGUAUUGUUUCUCAUCAACACUGCGCAGGUUUCAGGAAAUGGCGAGUACAUUCAUCUUUGUUGGACACUUUUGGAACAACAGGCAGCUCGUCAUGUCCAUGAUUCAAGUAUUUUGAAUGCUUUCGUCAGUGAGCACUUGCCCUACUUGGUUAACAUUGUUUCGGAAUUCAACUUUGAGAGAUUAAUCAACUCGAAGAUGGUGAUUGAUUCAUUCGCCAAGUUUGAUCUCUCUAAGGACAACAUUUAUGGCCUCAUGACCAUAAUGACGUACCUUGUUAACAUCGCAGGCUCGAGAGAAGUGUCAUCUGAGGCAAAGCUGAGAAUUUUGCAAUACCAAGCGCACCUCUUGAAAGAAUUUGAAGACACUGAGAACCACUACUUGCAGCUUUCGGAAGAGCUUCUUCAAUUCAAACACAAUUUGAUAAACUCUUUCACUUACUUGAUUGCGUCAUCAACUACGUUAACCAUCACCAACGAAAUAACGGACGUCUGUGAGAUACUCGGAAUCGUUGCCCCCAGCAGUGGGCUGAGUAAAGCGGUGAUCUCUAUGGACUAUUCACAUAUCCUCGCUAUCAAUUAUCUUAAAGGUGUGGAGAAUUUCGAAGGUGCUUUCAAGGCAGGUUUCAACUUCAAUGCCCUCACUUGGAAACUCAUCAUCAACAGAAAUUACGUGGUUGAAUCGUUAUGCAAGGAAAGGGUUAUGAAGAUUGAGGAGUUUGUCGCGAGACUUUUAGGUCUGUCUUUGGAGCUUUAUGAAAAACAUGCCUUGUUGUGCUCCCUUAUUUCCUUAGGUCAUGAGAAGGUGAAUAUCGAAGUUUUCAAAAGCUUACUUAAAGGAGAUGAGAGUGGAGCGCUUGAGAACAGCCGUGUGUUGGAUGCCCUUGCAUCAUUUUCUCAAGACACUAACAAUUCAUAUUUCUUGAGCAUUUUCGAAGGUGCAUUUCAAAGGCUUCUUGAAGGCUGUGACAACAAUGAAUGGGCAUCCAAGUUUAUGUUCAAACUUUCAAGCAUUGGCAAACUGAAGGAGGUUGUGAAUGUUGUGUCGCAAGAACGUAUCAAGAAGCUCAGUCUUACAACAGAGGGGGAUAUCAACUUUUUGGCCUCCCUUCUUACGUGCCACAUUGCCUUGAACAAUGACAACGAGGUGAUGGCUAUAAUGAAAACUUUCUUUUCGGAUAAAGAAGGAAACAAGCAUUUGAUGGAAUCAAAUGAAUUAUUGACGAUUGUGGUCGACUUCUACAUUUCUAGAGGUAACUACGCAAUCGUCGUAGACCGUUUUGGCAAAUUGGCGAAGCGGUCGGUGGCUUUAAACGAACGGGUGAAAUUUGCCAGUUUCAUGAUGCAGAUGACAGGAGAAACUCCCACUAAGCAGGACAGCACUGACCAUGAUGUGGCUACAUUUGCGAUCAGUCUUCUCUCUCAGCAUGAUGUGGGUAGUAUGAACAAGCUUUUUGAGCUGAACUCAAAGUUUCUGCGCACCGCAGGUGCAAUUUUCGAAAGCAUGGUUGAGCACUUGACUGCUGCGUCGAGACUAACCACAGACUCGCGUGCAGUCCGAGCCAAGUUUGAAGCUGUUAUCAGACUUUGCAAGACGAUGCGCUUGAAGGAGUUGGCGGUGGAUCACCUUGUUAAUGUGAUUCGUCUCCUCGGACUCAUGGACGCUCGUGACUUGUUGAACGUUCUUGUCAAUAAGUUCGUUAACCGAGGAGAGACAGCGUCGAUUGUCAACCUCUACUUUUUGCAAAUUAGGGUCACCUCAGCCCACGAAGCCAGCGUGCUCAAGAGAGAAUUUGAGUCGGCUUUACAAAGGGUCGGUGACAAAAUCAACCUAGCGAGGCUAGCACAAGCAUAG